AUGAGAUCAGUCACAUAAAAACUUGAAGAUUAUCUCAAAAUAUUUGAUAUAUAUGGGUAGAAUGUAUAAUUGAAUUUAAAUAAAAAGUAAAAAUAUAACACUGUUAUUGGAGGGGUGCUUAGCUUGCUUGUAUUUACACUACUACUUAUAGGUUGCUGGUUUUUUGGAAAGGAGCUGAUUUAUAAAUAAAAUCCUUCAGUCAUAAGCUAGGAGAGACCAGUCGACUGUCCUAAAAGAAUAGAUGUCAAGCCUGAUAAUCUGAUUAUUAUGAUGGGAGUUGCUAAUGCUAACGCUUAAUACUUCUCUGAUCCUAGACUUUUUACUGUAAAUGCAAUUUAAUAAUAACAGGUUAGUUAUAUUGAUCAAAAUACAGGAUUGUCAAGUAUAAAGUUAGUUAAUUAAAACAGAAAAAUAAGAUUAUGCAAUGAAAAUGACAUAGGAAUAUCUGACACAAAAAGCUACUUUACACAACUAAAUUACCCUGUCUUGUAUUGUUUUGAUACUUCAGAAUAACCUGUUUAUUUUGAAGGAGAUUUUAACCAAUAAGAGUUUUCUUAAUUAAUUGUUUACUUUGACAAGUGCUAAAACUCUACUUCAAGUUAAAUUAUUUGUUAGCCAAAAGAAGUUAUAGAUUAGACUUUAAUGCUCUCUAAAGUAGGAGUGUUUAUGUCUGAUCAUGUUAUCAACCCUUUGAAUUUUAAAAAUCCUAUAUCGAACAGAGGAAUUAGUCUUUAUGCUUCAACUUCUUCGAGUUUCCCCUAAGAGAUGAGUCUUUAUUUUACAAAUCAGUACAUAGACACUGAUUAAGGGGUAUUUUAUUAGGAAAUUGAAUAAAUUAGUACAUUUGUUUUCAUGCAACAAACAAUAACACCAUAUUUUAGCAGCCCAAAUACUCUCGCUAGAGUUAUAAUAAGGCUUUAAAAGCAAAAAGAAAACUAUAUGAAGAGAAGUUAUUUAAAACUUGCUGAUGUAGUUGCUCAAAUAGGAGGUUUACUUAAAAUACUGGUAUUAAUAGGAUUUUUAAUUUCUAAUAGAAUAUCAAAGCUAUACUACUUUAAGGCAAUUAUAGAUGAAAUUUAUCAAUUUAAGAGUUCAAGUGAUAAAGUUGAUUUAAUUCCAAAAGACUAAUCUAAAAUUGAUUAAUCUAAUAAUUAAAUUAUCACAAAAUAGAACCCAAAUUAAAUUUAAAUUUAAUUAACAUAAUAGCUGACGAAAGGUAAAUAAAAGAAUAAAAGCUUUGUGUUAAAUCAAUUUUAAAAAAAUUCAACACCAAUUCAUUAAUUAACUCAAAAUUCACCUCUUCAAAAAAGCCAUAAUAACUGCAAUUCUUUAAAUAAUAUGAAUUAAUCAGAAAUUAAAAUGUUUUAACUUGAAUCAAAAAACCUAAUUGAGUAUAUCAUCAAUAAAACAAAACAUUAUUUUUAGAGUACCCAUAAUAUUUUGAGAUAUUCAUUUUCUAAUUUUCUUGCAUAUGCCUUUGCAAAUAAAUCAAAGUUAUCGACUUAGAACUUAUUAUUUGAUUAAGGAAUUGAAAAAAUAUAAGAAAACUUUGAUAUUCUUUUUAUUUUUAAUAAAUUGUUUGAAAUAGAUAAGAUGAAGUAAAUUUUAUUUAAUUCUGAUCAAUUAAAGCUAUUUGAGUACAUGCCAAAGCCUGUAAUCAGCUAAUAAACAAUUCUAAAUGAAAAGAUAGUGAUGAAUAAUUUUGAAAAUAAAGAGAAUCUUAAUAAUUAAAAUAACAAUUUAAGUAGCCUAUCACCUAUAAAAAAAAGUCAGGAAAAAAAGACCAGCAUUUCUAAAUAAGUAAGUAAAAAAACCGCAAUUAAUACAAAUUAAACUAGAAAUAGAAAAAUUAAAAGCGAAAGGCAACUAUCAGAAGAAGCAUUAGAAGGUCUCAAAAACAUUUUACAGUAAAAUAAAAUAUCUAAAGUAGAUUAAAGCUUGAUAAAAAUAAUAGAUCCAAGCAUCAUUUAGGAAAUAAAUUAAUCCAAAUAUAACUUUUGUUUAAAUAAUUCUGAAGAUAUUGAAAGCACAUUUUCUCUACACAAAAGCAAUUCAAGUAUUUAGUAUAAAUCAUUUUCUAAUAACUAAAAAUGUCAAGGAUAGUAGUAGAAUUUUGAAUGCAGAUAAAAAGGCAAAGUUAAAAAACUUUAAAGUGGAUUUAAAAACUAAGACGAAGUUAUAGAUCCAUAUUAUAAUUAAAUCUAACAAAAUGAUAUUAAAGAGAUAUUAAAAACAUUAACAGGACAUAAAUAAGCAGAUGAAAAUGAUCUAUUUGAAGAUAAUUUUAUUUAUUUCGUUGAUUAAGAUGAUAUUUCCUAAUCAGCUAAUAUCUAAUCUAUUUAUCUCAGUGCUAUUAAGAAAUCGCAAAAAAUAACUAAAUAAAAAAGAAAUGAAUAAUUAAUUAAUUAAUUAAUAAAUAAAUACAAAUAUUUCAUAUUUAUUUAUUUAUGA